CGUCCUCCGCCCCCACUCCUUAUAUAACUGCCUCCUUGAUAUCCCCAUCUCAGCCAUCACUAAACCAACACUACUCUAUCUCUCUCUAAAUCUUCUCUUGUUCUUCCUGAGUCGGUAGCAAAAUCAACUAUGGCUGAAGAGGUUCAAAAGGCUCCCCAUGAAGCAGUGGUAGUUGUUGCUGAUGUUCCUCAGGCUGAGAAAAUGACACCAACUCCAGAACCACCGCUGCCAGUAAUGCCUGUGGUUGAGAAAGAGGCACCGCCAGUGCCGGAAACUGAGGAGGAACCGAUGAAGCCAAAGCUGCAGGUUGAGGAAGCUGUAGAAACUGAGGCAUCCAAAUCCAGUGGCGAGAAUGAUGAGAAGAUUCCUGAGUCUGUUUGUUUUAAAGAAGAGAGCACUAAAGUAACUGACCUUUCUGAUUCUGAGAAGAAAGGGCUGCAAGAGCUUAGAGAACUAGUUCAAGAAGCUCUUAACACGCAUGAAUUCGGUACUAAAAUACCACCAACACCAGCGGCAGCGGCCAAAGGAGAAGAAGGUAAAGAAGCUGUCGGGGCAGUGGAGGAGCAAAAACCAGUCCAGGAGGCAACACCGGCACCAGAAGAAGAACAUGUAAAGGCAGAGCCUGAAGUUGUAGCAGAAACAAAAGACGAAGUCGUAAAAGAAGAAAAGAUUGAAACGGUGGAAACUGAGGUUACUGAAGAAAAGGCGGCUCCUGCUGCUACUGAUGCUGUAGACGAUGACGGUGCAAAGACUGUGGAAGCCAUUGAAGAGACAAUCGUAGCAGUCUCUUCUUCUGCUCCACAGGAGCAGAGUUUGCCCCUGGAAAAAGAGUCCGAAGCAAAGUCUGCAUCAACAGUGAAUGAGGAAGCAAAAGAUGUUAUAAUAGCCCCACCAGAGGACGUAUCCAUCUGGGGUAUUCCGCUUCUAGCAGAUGAAAGGAGCGAUGUGAUUCUUCUAAAAUUUCUGCGUGCAAGGGAUUUCAAGGUGAGAGAUGCAUUCACCAUGCUCAAAAACACUAUUCAAUGGAGAAAGGAGUUUGGCAUUGAUGAAUUGCUUGAACAAGACCUGGGUGAUGAUUUGGGGAAGGUGGUUUUUAUGUAUGGUUUUGAUAAAGAAGGGCACCCAGUAUGCUACAAUGUGUAUGGCGAAUUUCAAGACAAGGACCUUUACCAGAAGAGUUUUUCUGAUGAGGAGAAAAGGAACAGAUUCUUGAGGUGGAGAAUUCAGUUCCUGGAAAAGAGUAUCAGGAAAUUGGAUUUCAGACCUGGUGGGAUUUCCACCAUUGUUCAGGUUAAUGACUUGAAGAAUUCUCCUGGACCUAGUAAGAGGGAACUAAGACAAGCUACCAAGCAGGCACUUCAAUUGCUCCAAGACAACUAUCCUGAAUUUGUAGCAAAACAGGUGUUCAUCAACGUGCCUUGGUGGUACCUGGCAGUUAAUAAAAUGAUAAGCCCAUUUUUGACUCAGAGGACUAGAAGCAAGUUUGCAUUUGCUAGCCCUUCCAAAUCUGCAGAGACCCUUUUGAGGUAUAUUGCCGCUGAGCAAAUACCACUUAAAUACGGAGGACUGAGUAAAGAUGGGGAGUUUUGCACAGCCGAUGCUGUUACUGAGAUCACAAUGAAGCCAGCAGCAAAGCACACUGUUGAAUUCCCUGUUUCUGAGACAUGCCUGUUAACUUGGGAAGUCCGAGUAGUGGGAUGGGAUGUGACCUAUGGGGCAGAAUUUGUGCCUAGUGCUGAAGAAAGCUACACAGUAAUAAUUCAGAAGGCAAGAAAGCUUACUGCAACUGAAGAACCAGUUGUCUGCAACAGUUUCAAAAUCGGCGAGCCGGGUAAGGUUGUGAUCACCAUUGACAAUACAACCUCAAAGAAAAAGAAGCUCCUUUAUCGUCUGAAAACAAAGGUCUCUGCUGAUUGAACCAGCACAGGGUGAAAGGGUUUGGAUAUUCAAAAAAAAAAAAAAAAAGGAGUUAAAGGAAAAAAGAAAAAGCAACGUUAAUCUUGGGGAUGUAUUGUCAUAUGUUUAAUAUUACAAAUUUGGAGUUACUUUUGUUGUUGUCAUGAACUUGGUGUUGGUUUGUGGGAAUUGAUGUUCUUUAUUUUGGGGACAACAAAAUGUGCAAGAAGUUUCAGUUCCUCUUUGUAAUUAAGUGUUAUUUUGGAUUAUGCUAUGUGUUUUUGUAUUAUAUUAAUGAAAAAUACUGUAUUCAUUAUUAUUAUUA